AUGAAACUUUUUACUCUUUUUGUUUUAAUUAUUCUGAUUUUGAUUGUUAUAACAUACUGUUAUGUGAAAAAGAAAUAUUCAUUUUUUGAAACUCAUGGUGUUCCUUACUUGAAGCCUCAAUUUCCGUUUGGAAGUCUGCAAAAAGUUGGAUCUUCAAUCCAUAUGUUUGAAUUCCUAAUUACUUCAUACAAUCAAUUUAAAAGAGUUGGCAAAAUAGCAGGAUUCUAUAAUGUUUUUGAACCUAUUUAUCUUAUAACGGACAUCGAAGUGAUGAAGGCAAUAACUGUGAAAGAUUUCAAUAAGUUUGUGAAUCGAGGAAUUUUUGUAAAUGAAGAAAAUGAACCUUUAACUGGUCAUUUAUUUGCUAUUGAAGGCGAUCGAUGGAAGUUUAUUCGUAAACGGCUACGACCAGCAUUUACAUCACAGAGACUUAUAUCCAUGUAUUCUAAAAUCAGUCGAUUAGGUUGCAAAUUAGUAGAAUCAAUUGAAAAAAGCACAAAAAGUGAAAAAGUUUCAAUUGACAUUAAAAAUGUCGCAACUCGAUUCACAAUCGAUAUUAUCAGUUCAGUUGCAUUUGGUAUGGAUUCAGAGACACUCAAUGAUAAGAAUGAAGAAUUGCUCGAUAUGUUUAAAGAGGUUAUUGGUGCCAAUCGACCAAAUGUAGUCAAAUUUCUUAUUCUGUCUGCUUUUCCAAAUUUAGCAAAAAUUCUGAAAAUUCGGCUAUUUAGUGACAAGCUUUCUGAUUUUUUCGCAAAAGAAGUUGGUGGGAAUAUUAAAGUACGUGAAAGAAUAAGUGAAAAUCCAAAUGAUUUUCUGAGUUUUUUGAUUAAAUUGAAAAAUACUGCGAGUUCUUCACGUAAAACCAGAAAAUUGACAUUAGAUGAAUGUUUAGCUCAAGCUUUCUUAUUCUUUUUUGCGGGCUCUGAUACUUCAAGUACCACAAUUUCCUUUGCAUUGACUGAGCUUGCAUUUAAUCAAGAUGUUCAAGAUAAAGUAAGAUUUGAAAUUUUAGAGAAGACUAAAGGCACAAAAGGUGAAAUUUCUUACGAAGCUUUACAUGAAAUGACUUAUUUAAGUCAAGUUGUUAAUGAAACUCUCCGCAAGUAUCCACCUGGUUUUUCAAUUCUUCGUACUGCAAACGAAGAUUAUAAAGUUCCCGAUUCAAAAAUUAUAAUUAAAAAAGGCUCUCAAGUUGUCAUUCCAACUAUUGGAUUCCAUUACGAUGAAAAGUAUUGGAAAAAUCCAAUGAAAUUUGAUCCUGAAAGGUUCACUGUAGAAGAAACUGCAAAGCGACAACCUCAAUGCUAUUUUCCAUUCGGUGAAGGACCUAGAAAUUGUGCAUUGGAAAGAGAUUUGGCCUUAUUAAUGUCAAAUACGGAGUUGCAAAACUCAUCAAAGAUUUUAAAGUUACACCAGAUGCAAAUAUGA